AUGGCCGAUUUCACGGCUCUAUCUCUGCUCACCGUAUGCCUCCAAAUUGUAACAAGAAUCUUCAGCACCUUGGGAACGGCUUACGACCUAUCCCAAGAGUUCAAAAACGUACCCGAGGCCAUCCGGAACCUGGUUCUUGACGUCAAAGCUGCAGAAGGAUACCUUCAAAUCAUACAUCUCAGAGAAGAAAGUAAUGGUCUCGCUGGAAAUGGCGGCAAUCAAGCCCUCGUGGACAACAUCCAGGGAGCGCAUUGCUGCCUGAAAAUCGUCUACGAUUUCGCCACCAAGCACGCCAGCAGCAUACAGUCUUACAAGUUCUGCCGCCGCCUGAUCUACAUGAUACAGCGUGCAGAAAUAAUGGAGCAUCGCGAUCAGCUCAGGAACCGCUUGAUCUACCUAAGGCUGCUCCAAGAUAGCAGACCCAAUAAAUUGAAGAGUGACGACUCCAGCAUCAAGCAUACCUCAUCCGACCCAGGGCCUGUGUCUCCACAAGCCGGUAUUAUUGUCAACGAUACACUCUCGGGUGGACGCCCAGUCCCAAAUCACCCAAUUCUGGCCAAGCUUUCCCGCUGGCGUUCGAAAAACCCAUCCCGCAGGCUCGUCCAAGAGUCGAGACGUGGGGACCCGGAAGAGUCCCAAAGGCUCAUCGACGCCGGCGCCGACGUCAAUUAUCAGUCGCGUGCCGCCGAGCCAAUGUUUGACGGGAAAACAGCACUGCACGAAGCCGCGGAAAUGGGCCACACGUCCCAGGUUCGGUUCCUGCUCCGCAGCGGUGCAAACCCCAAGCUGCGCACCACGGGCCCGUCGAACACCACGGCGCUGCACCUGGCGGUCAUCAACAACCACCUCGCCGUCAUUCAGCAGCUUCUCAACACCAAUGCCGUCGAUGUUGAUGCGAAAGACGGCGAGGGCUUUUCGCCGCUGCAGAGGUGCAGAGAUCCAGCCGCCAUGAUCGCUCUCCUGCGGGCUGGAGCGGACCCGAACUGCAGGCUGGCCGGCUCCAGCGAGACGGUACUGCAUUGGGCGGCUGGCAUGGGACAUUUUGCACUUGUGGAAAAGGUCGCAGCCAUGGAAGACACCGCUGGCAACUAA